AUGUGGCACUUAAGGUUGUCAAGCACGUCAUUCGACCCAAGGGUGGUUUAUGAUGGACACCCUACAUUGUUUACCAUCAAGCUACAGCAUGGAGGUGAGUUCACAAAGUUUCCAAAUGUCAACUACAUUGAGGGUACUGUGACGUAUGUAGAUAUGGUAGAUAUAGAAGAGUUUUCUAUUCACGAGAUGGAUGCGAUUAUGAAUGGGUUAGGAUACUCAGUUCCUCCAGUUAUCUACUGUCAUUUUCGAGUGCCAAAGGGAGAUAUGCAUUUUGGGCUACGGGCCCUAGGAAAUGAUGAUGAUGUCCUCAAUCUUUCCCAGUAUGUGAAGGAGCAUAAACUGAUAAGGGUUUACACCGAGCAUGCAAUUGAAGCUGCUUUAGCCUUGUCAAUAUCCCCUGAAUAUAAUAAGAAAAGGGAAUUUAUCAAGGACAAACCAUUGUCAUCAUGUAUUAAGAAAUUGGUGAUGGAUGAUGUUAGUGUUGAUAGGAUUGGUGGGAAUAAGGAUGAUGCAGAUAAUGAAAUUGACCACGGAUUUAAUGAAUUUGAUGAGGAAUGUAAUGAUAUUAACCAGGAUUUUAAUGAAUUUCAUGAGGCAUGUAAUGAUAUUAACCAGGGAUUUAAUGAAUUUGAUGAGGCAGCUAAUGACUUUGAUAUUGGAUUGUACCAACAGAUUUUACAGUCUAAUGAACAGAAUGUAGAUGAUGAGGUUCAUGAAGGUGAGGAAAAUACAGUUAAUAAGGAAGUCACUGAAGAAGAGAAUCAUGACAGAAAUGAAAUGAAUGAUGAGAAUGUAGAGAUGAGAGAUUUUUCAGUUGAUGAUGGAAGUGAAGAUAACAUAGAGAUUGAUGAAGACAAUACUGAAAGAAGUGAUGAGAGUGAGGACAGUGAUGAUAGUGAUUUCUGGGUGGAUGAAGACAACAUCAUCCCUGAUGUAGAAGUAGACAUGAGGGAUUUUUACAUGAAUAUAGAUCUUAAAGCAGAAUUUCUUGAAAAAAGAUUACCAAAGCAUAGAGAGAAUGACAGUGAUGAGGUCAAUGAAGAGUUGGAUGUUAUAGAUAAUGAUCAAUGGGAUUCAUUGGAUGAGGGUUCUGAUAUAGAUAGGAAAAGAAGAGCUGUAAUAAAGGAAUUGGGGAAGGAGACUAGGUGCUCUCAAGGUGAGAUACACAAGCAACAACAGUACCAGAGUUCAAUCAUAGGAUGCAUCAAUUCAGCUCAUAUGAUGUAG